GAAUAUCCAGGUGGUGGCUGCAGUUCCACCUUUGGUCUGGCUGCCAUGUAUCAUGGACGAACUACUGGUAAAGGAGCCUCCACUCCCACACAGAUAUACGAGCGACCUCCGAGGAUUCUCAUUGUGCAUAUCGCUCUACCGUCCUGGGCUGACAUCUGUUCCAACCUCUGUGAGGCUUUGCAGAACUUUUUCUCUCUAGCUUGCAACUUGAUGGGCCCCAGCCGCAUGUCCCUCUUCAGCUUAUACCUGGUACAAAAUCAGCAUGAGUGCAUCCUCCCCUUUGUGCAAGUCAAAGGGAACUUUGCUAAGCUACAGGCCUGCAUGUCAGAACUCCGCAUGUUACAGAGAGAAGGUUGUUUCAGACCACAAGGCACUUCUCUGCAGCUGGCAGUAGAAGAUGGGCUCCAGCAGUUCAAACAGUACAGCAGACAUGUGACCACAGGCACAGCUCUAAGUUGCACUUCCCUGGAGAUUACUAUUCUGACUUCCCAGCCUGGAAAAGAGGUGGUCAAACAAUUGGAGGAAGGGUUGAAAGAUAUAGACCUAGUCAGGGUCAGAAGGCUUCAGGUGGUUGAGAUCACAAAGGGAGCCCUAGAUUAUACGGACGCAGCAUCCCCUGGUGAAGAGCCCAGCAGUGAUGAGAGUUCUAUCCUGGGAACUGAUAUUGACCUUCAGACUAUAGACAAUGAUAUUGUCAGCAUGGAGAGUUUCUUCAAAGCCUGGCUACAUAACAGUGGAACAGACCAAGAACAUAUCCAUCUUCUUCUUCCUUCACAGUCUUUCAGCAACAUUUCCAGAGGCAGAGAUAAUCCAAUGUGCCUGAAAUGUGAUCUCCAAGAGCGACUCCUCAGCCCGUCCUUGCUUCCUGGCACAGCUGAUGGCUCCUUGAGAAUGGAUGACCCCAAAGGAGACUUCAGCACAAUCUACCAGAUGGCUUGCCAGUCGUGGGCCUCUCGUUACAAGCUCAGGGUGAUCAAGGCUCUAAAAUCCAGUGGGGUCUGCGAGUCAGUGACAUACGGACUCCCAUUCAUUCUGAGACCCACAAGCUGUUGGCAGCUAGACUGGGAUGAACUGGAGACAAACCAGCAGCAUUUCCACGCUUUGUGUCACAGCCUGCUAAAAAGAGAAUGGCUGCUGUUAGCCAAAGGAGAGCCCCAAAGCCGAGGACACAGCCUGAGAGAACCCCCCAGCACCUUCUAUGUGAUCGUGCCCUCGCGCUCCCCUACUCUGCUGGUGAAGGCAGUGGCCACACGGGAACUGAUGCUACCCAGCGCCUUCCCUCUGCUGCCUGAGGACCCACCUGAUGACAGCCUUAAGAUUGUGGAGGGCGUGCUGGAUGGCCUGGAGCUAGAGCCUACCUACAACCCCUUGCAGAUUUGCAGCCGCCUGUACUCACACCUGAAUAGCACCUUUGCCAAGCCCCAGGGCCGACUCCACCCAAGCUGGGAGAGCCGGGCCCUGAGAAAGCAUCCCGGCAAGGCUGGGCAGUUGCAGGCAAACCGAGUUCGAGCCACAGUGGCCCCCCUGCCUAUGACUACAGCCCCGGGCAGAGCCCCCAAGGUGCCAGCAGCCAGCAAAGCCUCCUCAGAAGCACUCUUCCAGUUUUCCAAAGAGGAGGAAGAUGAGGAGGAGGAAUACCCCUCAGGGCCUUAAGCCACCAGCGCCAGAGCCUGG